CGCCGCCAGACCCGGUCAGUCUGGCUUUUAUAUCGGAAUAGCAAACAAGUGAUUAUCUAUAUAUUGAGAUGGUCCGCCCUAGUCCUGCGGCUAUCACGCCUCUGGCGAUUUUGAUAGUUUGGUCCACGAUUCAAGUGAAAUCAUUCCCAAUUCAAUCGAUCGGCCAAGAAAAUGAUCGUCCAAUUAUCGGAAUUUUGGUACAAGAGCUUAGCGACUAUAUGAUCAAAAUGUACGGCGAUGAACAAGAGAGUUACAUAGCUGCGUCCUAUGUAAAAUCCGUCGAAAGUGCUGGGGCACGUGUAGUCCCGAUAUGGAUUGGACAGCCGGCGACAUAUUACAGCGACGUACUGAGUAAAAUCAAUGGAAUUUUCUGGCCAGGAGGAGAGGCCGAGUUCGAUAGAUCCGGGGGAUUUUCCGCCGCAGGCCAGAUUAUUUAUAGGAUUGCCAGGGAGAUGAAUGACCGUGGUGAUUUUUUUCCCAUUUGGGGGACGUGCCUGGGUUUCGAAUUGUUGACUUACUUAGCGGCUAAUGGUGUAGAGCACCGAACCAAUUGUUCAAGCAACAAUCAAGUACUACCAAUAAUUUUCAAACCCAACUUCACACAGAGUCGAAUGUUUCAAAAUGUUCCGCAAGAUAUCAUCGAUAUUCUGAGAACCGAAAAUGUUACCGCGAAUUUCCAUGAUUACUGUGUGACGGAGGAGGACAUGGCGAAAGUUAAUUUAACGGAUUCAUUUAGAAUCAUGUCCGUAAACCAAGACUCGAAUGGAUUAGAAUUCAUUUCAACAUUAGAACACAUCAAUUAUCCAUUUUACGGAGUGCAGUUUCACCCCGAAAAAAAUAAUUACGAAUGGGUUCGAAGGUCUGUUUUACCUCAUACCAGAAAUUCGAUCCGUGCCAGCCAGUAUUUCGUUGAUUUUUUUGUGGAUGAAGCACGAAAAAAUAAACACCACUUCUCUUCUCCUGAAGAGGAAAUAAAAAAUUUAAUCUACAACUAUAUCCCUGACUACACAGCGGGACUUACAAAAUCGGUAUUCCAGCAGGUUUAUUUUUUCAAGAAGCAGCCGAAGAGCAUUUUGAAAGAUCGGAGCACCUCCAAUUCUUCAAUUACAGCAUGGGCUAAUUAAAUAAUACGGGGUGAUAAUGAAUACGAUAGAUUAAGAACAGUAAAUUUAUUGUACUCAUUAUUUUUCAUGUAACCUUGUAUCCUACAUCAAUAAAAAAA